UUGCAGUAUUCAGUGCUGGACUUCCUGAUUUUUUGAUGAGCACACGUUUGCUGAGGAUCCAGUAACAAAUACGCUAAAAUCCUCUUGAUUCAGCUGCUCGAAAACGAUAUAGAUAUCUAUGAAGUAUCUCGAGCCCACGACUAUUCUACUGCUUCGAGUGUCAACUACGUUCUCUGCCCAUAGUGACAGCGGCACCUAGCCUAUUCAGGACUAGACGAUAUCUUAAUAUACAAUCUGCCUAUCGACCCAAACUCUCACCUUCACCCCAUUUUCCCCAUCGUGCUCAUUUCCUAUUCACCUUCCUUGCUGCUCGUUUGCUAUUGUACCUCUGUUUCCAUGCUAUGUGACAAUAGGCUGUAGUCUUGGCACAUAUCCCCUCGUAAUUUAUAUAGUCUCAUCAUGGUCUCCCGACUCAUUUUCCUCCCAACACUCGUACACUUCAAACCUCAACUUCCUCAAACCACUCCAAGCACGCCCAACUGAUUCUCUAUAUCCUGAAUCCACAACCAUACUCACUCGCAAUGGCUGACUUACCAGCUGCGACACCAAUUGCUGGCUCUACAGAUGCUACUCCCCCUGUGAAAGAGGUUGCUUCCUCUCCGGGAGAAACCCCAACUGCCUUGUCCGGAGAUGCUCCCGCCAGUACCCCCUUACUCAGCACCGAGACGGAUGAAAAAGAGGUCGCUAAGACACCAACGUCUACUGAUGAUAAUCAAGUGGAAGAGUCUAUUGAAUUUAAUCCACUCUCUUCCAAACUUCCUGAAACCGAGACUCCCAAACUGUCCUCGCCUGUCAGCACGGAUGAACCCCGGGUCGACCAGUCUGCAGCUUCCAUGAAGAGGCCUCUCUCCCCCUCGCCUGCCGAAGAGGAGCAUCUCUCAAAGAAGAUCAAGACUCCCCCAUCCAUUCCCCCCCACGAAGAAGAAGAUGAUGAUACUUCUGAGCGAUUCCCGAGCCCACCUGAGCAAUCUGCCACCAAGCUUGACAAGGAGACUUGGCAAGGCUUUUGCGAGCUCGAAUGCGAGCCAGCCUACUUCAGUGCCAUUCUUCAUAGGAUCGGCGUCCAGGGUGUCACCGUUCGCGAGAUGCCUGUGAUGGACCCAGACUACCUUCCAAGGCCCAUCUUCGGUCUAGUCGUGCUGUUCCGCCACCGCGAGUUUGAUCAAGAGCGCCAGUCAAAAACUUGCCCGCCCGACGUGUGGUUCGCCAAUCAAAUGCCAGCACAAAACAGCUGCGCUACUCUCGCCAUGAUCCACGCGCUUCUCAACUUGAGUCCCACCGCCCAAGAGAACAUGGACCUGGACAUCGACAUCGGUGAGCACAUGCGCCAAUUCAAGGAUUUCACGAAGGAUUUCACACCUUACCAGCGCGGGGAAGCAUUUGCGAGCUGGGACUACGUCAAAAAGAUCCACAACUCCUUCGCCAAGAAGAUGGACAUGCUCGAAAACGACCGGCUGAUCUCCCUCAAGAGCAAACGGGCCGCAAAGUAUGGUAUGCAGAAACCCAAGUCCGCCGAGAAGACCACCAAACCUGCAACCUCGUCCACCCGUGGUCGCGACGCAGAGUCCCCCAAGUCCGACGACAGCUUCGAAGAUAACAGCCACCACUACAUCGUCUUCGUCCCCAUCAACGGUACCGUCUGGAAACUCGACGGCAUGGACAGCCAGCCCACCGCCAUGUCCACCUACCCAACCUCCUCGCCCAAAUCCUGGAUCUCCUCCAUCAGCGACCGCGUCGCGGCCCUCAUAGCCGGAGGAGGCGACGACUACGGCCUCUUCGCCCUCGCACAGUGCCCACUUCCCCCCUUACGCCGCGAAAUCUGUGUCGCCGACAACACCAUCAAGAAACUCGACACCCGCCUCACCGCUCUAACCCCUACCUGGCGCGACUUCGUCGCCGAGGGCGACUGCGAUCCACCCAGCCCCUCUUUCCUCUCCGGCUUCACCCCCGAGCAGCGCCAGCUCGAACGCAACGCGGUCCCCGUUGCCCUCGCCGCGGAAAUCGACGAAGAAUCCGACGUCUCUGAGCUCAUCAAGCGCCGUACCAACAUUGUUGCUGAGAUGCGACGUCUCUUCCAGGAGUAUACCGCUGAAGAGUGGGUUGUGAAUUCCGACAUGCAAAAGGCCGAGGCGCGCACGCAUGAUCUUGGCCCCGCGAUUCGGGCAUGGGUCGAGAUGUUGGCUGAGAAUGGAUAUCUGGAGGAGAAUUGUAAGAGGUUUCCUAGGGUUUGA